AUGCCAAGAUUCAUCGACUUCAAUGUCUCAGGUGGUGUCAACAUCGGCUUCACGGCCAUCAUGAUAGUGCCACUGUCCGUUAUCAUGUGCAUCAGCUUUUUCCGAGCACGGCGUAGCAAGGAUCCGGCACGGGUGGCCACUGCAUAUUUCAAGGCCAUGCUGCCGUUGGCAAUACUGUACCUAUUACUGUACACGAUACAAGGUAUCCUUUCUAUCGUCUACGACAAAACCUACACGGUCUCGGAGGGAGUCUACCACGCUUCCUUGCGCUUGUCUGUGCUGGGGACUCUUUUCUCCAACACAACGGACCUCUUCCUGAUCAUGACACUCGCUGAGCUGGGCAAUGGCUUUCUCUUCUGCCUCACCCAGACGAGGACAGCGCUGCAGAAAGCGGUAAGGUACGCUGCUAUUGCGUCCUGUACCAUCCUCGCUAUGCUGGCAAUUGCAUUCUUCGGUGUUUAUAACGCCGUGUAUUCGCGUUAUCUUAGCGACCGAUGGUAUAGUUAUCUCGACUCCUCCCUUCGGCAGGCUAGCAGAAACAUUAAUUUCGCCUUUAACGUCCUUACCUUUGUUUGGGCUUUGCUGUUGUUGGUUUUUGCCGCCGUAGUCUUUCACAAGACGAAGCGCAACUACAUAUUGAAGAACUCCGCACUGCUCUUCCUCGUCGCGGCUAUCCUGAACUUGCUCACUCGGAUGUACACCGUCAUCUACCUCUCCAUCUUUGUCCUUUCCGCAUUCUACAACUUUAAUCACUACGAAACCUAUACGGCGAUCCUGUUCGUAGAACCCGUCAUCACUGCGUGGUUCUACACCAUCGCUGUUGCGCUCGUCUUCACCAUCGUCGUCCGCAAGCGAAACGGUCUGUGGACCACCUUGCAGCCGUGGAUGGACGAACAGGGCCCACCUGCACUGGCCGCAAACCCGAGCGCCAAGGGCCCGGGCGAGCAAUGGCAGCAGCCAUCCCAUCACCACGUCUAG